AUGUCUCAACUUUCCGACUUUCGUGUGCUGUCCUUCGACGUCUACGGCACUCUUGUCGACUGGGAAGGCGGUAUCCUCGCUGCAUUCCAGCCCACUCUAGACAAGAACGAAGCUCAGUUUACACGCAAGCGCCUACUCACUAUCUACCAUGAGCUUGAACGUGAACAACAGAUCAAGACUCCCGAUAUGCCAUACCAUCAGUUGUUGACAACCAUCCAUCCCGAGUUCGCCAAGCGUCUGGGUCUGGAGACUCCCACUCAGGAGGAAAGCAGGCAGUUCGGAGAGUCAAUCGGCAAUUGGCCCGCUUUCCCAGACACGGUGGACGCCCUCAAGCGCCUUUCAAAGCAUUACAAGCUAGUUGUCCUAUCAAAUGUCGAUCGUGAAUCCUUCGCAAAAACCAAUGCGGGCAGUCUUGAAGGCUUCCCGUUCGAUCUGAUCAUCACAGCUCAAGAUGUGGGCUCGUAUAAGCCAGAUCUUCGCAACUUUGAAUAUAUGCUCAAGACGGUGAAAUCUACUUUCGGCAUUGAGCCCUCUCAAGUUCUUCAAACUGCUCAGAGCCAGUUCCAUGACCACCACCCUGCCAAGAAGAUUGGAAUCAAGUCUGCUUGGAUUGUGCGGCCAGGUGCUACGAUGGGAAAUUUGUCCGAUAAUAUCUAUGACUGGCGUUUUGAUGCCAUGGGAGAUAUGGCUCGAGAAGUGGAGGCUGGACAAUAA